AUGCUUCAAGAAAAACAGCUAGAGAAAGUGUUUAAAGGAACUGCAAAAGGUGAAAUAAAAACUGGACAAGGUCUAAAUCAAGAAACGGCAUUGAAGAGAUCGGGAGAUACUCAUUGGAGUUCUCAUUAUGGUACGCUUAUUAAUUUGAUAUAUUUAUUUCCUUCUAUCAUUGAUGUUCUUGUGUAUAUUGGAGAAAAUGGUAAUGAUGAUCCACAAAGGGCUGAAGCAAUUGAUUUGUUAGAUAUUAUGAAUCGAUUUGAAUUUGUCUUUGUGUUGCAUCUUAUGAAAAAGAUUUUGGGAAUCACACAUGAGUUAUCACAAGUUUUACAGAGAAGGGAUCAAGAUAUUGUAAAUGCUAUGAAUCUAGUUAAAGUCUCAAAAUGUCAUUUGCAAGUGAUAAGAGAAAAUGGUUGGGAAUCUUUGUUACUUGAGUUUCAAGAACUUAAUAAUCGAUUUGAUGAAGUGAAUACAAAUUUGCUUUUAUGUAUGGCAUGUCUCGAUCCUAAGGACUCAUUUUCUGCAUUCAAUACGAGCAAAUUGAUUCAACUUGUAAAAUUUUAUCCAUGUGAAUUUUCUCCAGUUGCUCUAAUUGAACUUGAAUCUCAACUUGAGAACUUUGUCUUUGAUAUGCGUAUGGAUAAGAAAUUUUCUGAAGUGAGUGGAAUUAGAGGUCUUGUUGAGAAGAUGAUUAUUACAAAAAAGCAUAUUGUUUUUCCUUUGGUAUAUUUGUUAAUCAAAUUAUCAUUAAUCUUGCCAGUUGCUACAGCCACAAUGGAAAGAGCUUUUUCUGCAAUGAAUAUCAUUAAAAGUUCACUUCGUAAUAGAAUGGGAGAUGAGCUACUAAAUAAUUGUUUGGUGACUUACAUUGAAAGGGAUGUAUUUGCAAGUAUUGACAAUGAAGUUAUUAUGGAUAGAUUUCAGUCAAUGAAAAAUAGACGAUGA